AUGGCGCGGGCGGGACCCGGGGCCGGUCCGGUCCGCGCGGCCCACCCGCCGCCCCCGGGACACGGACGGACCCGCCGCCGCCGGCCGCCGCCGCGCAUGCGCUGCCCCGCCCCUCCCGGCGGUCCCCGCCCCUCCGAGCGCUCAGCCUAUCCCGGCGCGUCGCCUUCCCGGCUGCGCCCCUCUCGCCGUGCCCCGCGCGCCCACCAUGGCGGCCCGGGCGCUGCUACGGCUGCGGGCGGCGCUCCCGGCCCGGCCCGCGGCUACGCCAAGAAGCCGGCCAUGAAGGCGAAGGGCAAGAGCGUCCCGAAGGAGGGGCUGAAGGCGCCGGAGGUGUGCACCGACCCCGCCAUGCUCGCCACCUACGCCAUGGGCGUCAAUUACUUCAAGGACGGCCCGAGGUGGCCUGAAGCCCGACAUCCGAGUACCCGGACUGGCUCUUUAAGAUCCACCUCGGGCCUCCCAAGAAGCUGGAGGAGCUGGAUCCCAACUCCAUCGAGUAUUGGAGGCGCCUGCGGAAGUACAAUACGUGGCAGAACAACAGGCGAAGAAGAGCAAGAAGCUGUAGGUGCUUUGGGGCUGCCCCGAGCCCAGCUCCUGCGUUUGGGCUGCUCUUGUAAAUGAGUAAUAAACCUCUCUUGAGACCGA